GAAUCGGGUGGACUCGAAUAAAUACGAGCGCGCACACAAUCGUCGUCGUCGUCCUCCUCAUCGUCGCGCGCGAGCUCCGCCUCCGCCCAUGGCGUCGUCGCCGCUCAUCACCCCCGCAGCCACCACCACCACCACCUCCUCCUCCUCCUCCUCCUCCUCCUCCUCCUCCCUACGCCUCUCCCCCUCCCCCUCCGCCACCCCCCACCGCUUUCCCUCGAUCCAUCGCACGUCUGCGCCGCCGCGGCGGAUCCGGUUGCGGGGCGCCCUCCGAAACCCUAGCCACGCCCAGAGGCUCCCCGUGCGCUGCGCCGCGGCGGCGGCGGCGACGAUCGGCGAGGGAGAGUUCGCCGCGGCGGUGUUGGAGUCGGAGCUCCCCGUCCUCGUCGAGUUCGUCGCCGAGUGGUGCGGGCCGUGUCGAUUGAUCUCCCCUGUUGUCGAUUGGGCUUCGCAGGAAUACAAGGGCAAACUGAAAGUCGUAAAGAUCGACCACGAUGCGAAUCCCCAGUUGAUUGAAGAAUACAAGGUCUAUGGCUUGCCAACCUUGAUUCUCUUCAAAAAUGGGAAAGAGGUUCCGGAAAGCCGAAGAGAAGGCGCGAUGACUAAAGUAAAGCUGAAAGAGUACUUGGACGACUUGCUGGAGCCCACUACUGUAGCUUGAUCUCUUCGUAUUUUUCGUAUAUGCAGUGCAUAGUUUUUGGUGACAAACUCAUCUACUUACGAAGAGUUUCGCCAAGCUGGUUGUCCAAUUCAACUUGUAAGUUACUUUUUUGAGAGCCCAUGUGUGUUUUUGCACUCCAGUUGUGAUGUGUAUAAUCUCUCUGUAACAUUAUGUUGUUGGCAAUAACUAUGCAUAUUAAAAUUGUAACAGCUAUUAUGAUACUCCAAUGUUUUCUGGUUUCUUUUGCAGCAAUUUUCGAGAACUAUUAGCUAUUA